GAGAGGUGCUCCAGCCUUCUGAUCAUUUUAGUGGCUCUCCUCUGGACCCACUCCAAGAGCUCUGCAUCUUUCAUAUUUGCCAGGCAGAAAAGGAGAGACUUGGUGCUGCUGCAGAAGAUAAAGCUGGAGUAGGUCUCCAGGGGCAAACCACAGUAAACUUCUCAGCAUAAUUAAAAAAUAAUUCUAGUGACAUUUUGCUAUACCAUGAUUUUUUCAGGACAAAAGAGGAAGUUUAAUAGUGCAGUUGGCUUCAAGGUAAUUGCAAUUUGCACUUCCUCCUAAGGAUGAGAAUAUUUUUCAGGUUUUUGGUGGUGAUUACUUUGGUUUUGAAUUCUGGAUAUGUCAGAGAAUAAAUUGUCCUUUGUCAGAUUAAACAAAAACGUGCUAUUGUGCAGACACAUUACAGGAAUAGAUAACUGUGAUAUUCCUUGGCUGCUUGGUUUAGAGGAGAUUUUGUUACUGUUCAAAAGAUAUACCUCCAUGUUGUCAUCGGCACAGUGGUUGAUGGAACAUUGAUGUUUAAACAUGGCAUAAGUCUGGGAAGUAAGAAUGUCAAUUGCUGUAGCUCUGUGAUCUGCUGUCCUCUUCCCCGCCCCCCCCCAAGCUGUGAUACUGAAUCACCAGAUCUGCUUGGUCAAGGUGUGAUAAAAAGUGAGAGAAACCCAAGUUUUUGUGAAGCUGAAAAGAUGCUGGCUUCUGGGACAGGGAAGAAACUAUGAAGCACAUAUGAAAAAAAAAAAAAAAAAAAAAAAGAAAGCAGCAUAUUUUGAUGGAAAAUUGAGGCUAACACGUUUUAUAAGACAACUUUAAGCUGUGAUUUCAGUAGAACUGUAAGCAGUUAUUUUUUUUAUUAGUCUGAGUCCUUUGACUGAACAAAGUAUUUGUACCUCCAUCUGAGUCAUUGCCAGAAUAAGGUUACAGUGACUUACUUAGCUGGAAUUUUCAAGUGGCUUAAAGAAAUCAUAUCCUCUAGAGCAAGGUAACUGAUUUCCAGAGGCCUUUGCUCAUGUUGCUAGUGAUGAGGCUGGCAGGUGCCUGAGGAGUUCAGCUGCAGCUCCUGAUGCCUUGACAUCCAGGAAGCUGCAAUGGAUCUCGCUUCCAAUGGGGGAACUCCAGCUGUCCAGCACUGAUACAAAAAGUUGCUGCUCUGUUUUCCUUAGAGCGACCACCAGAGGAAAGUGAGAGAGAACUUCCUAAAAGGCUUGCAUUGCUUAAGGAAAUGUGUUACAAAAUGUGCAAAAGGAGUUGUUUACUGAAGUGAUGUUCUGUACCCCUUAUCCAUAUGAGGCUUAUCAAACAGAAAACUAGUUGGUAAACUUUUUGUUGACACUUGUUUUCUUUGACUAAUAGUUGACCCUACUGAAUGGGGAUCCUACUGAACUACAACAGCUACCUAUAUGGAAUUCCCUAGGAAAGCUGUUACAUUCUUGAAUUAUUUCUCAAGACGUGAGUGCAUUUGAAAUAAAUGAAAACAUUUUCUAAGAGGUCUGGGUAACUUCCCUCAGUAGCAGCAUCUCUUUAAUGUAGGAAUAGAAAGUUUAGAGCUGAUACUAAACCUUGGGCUUAGAUGAGCUGACAAACUUGAACUUCCAUCGCAUCUGGAAAUUCAUUACAUGAAAAAAUAUUCCAGGUAUAGCAAAAUAGUAUUUUUUUGACUUGAUAAGAGUGAUUUCAGCACAAGUUCUGAGCCACCUGUCUGUGAGCUUGCUAUGGGGUGAGCAGCUGCUGUUAAUAAGAGGGUAAGGCUGCUGGAGGUGGUUUGGCUAGGAGGCAAAGUGUAUUUGCAUUAUACCACUGUUAUGUGCCAGCUAUGUAAUUCUGGUUUAGUCAGAUGUGUCAUCUGAGGUAUGAGCUGAGAGUAGGCAGAAAAGAUUGUGUAAGAUGUGUUUGUGUUUGACUUUCUUUCAGCCUUUUUUGCUGAGCUCCAUGCUGUGGGGCAGUAGACAGACAGUUCAAAGUGUUAUUUCCCCGUCUUUCUGGAGUUUGUGUCUGUGAUUUGAUGGGGGAAAGCAGGGCUUGGUCUCAUGUGUUUCUAUAGUGCGUCACUUCAGAUUAAUUUAAAGCUAUGCAUAAGAUUGUAGUUUUCAUGAGUGGCCUAAACCAACUUAAUUCUGUAUCUUAUCUUUGGCUCUGCUCUUGCACUGGCAUUAGCAAGCACAGGGUUGCUUAGUGAGACAUGUCAGUGGUUGUGACCAGUCCCUCCAAAAAAACCCAACAAACUAUUGAAUUUACUGUGUGACCACAUGGCUGCCAGGGUAAACAUAAAACAUUGAAGGGCAAGUCAAAGUACUCUACAUUGGUAUCCUCAGUUUGAAAUUUGUUACCUCUACACCAUUUAUGACAGCACCAGUUGGAGCUGUGCCUGAAGGAUAAUGGUGUUUUUGCUUUGGUUUGCCAUGCUCUGCAUAGGCUUUCAGUGGCCAGGGAUAAUACAGGUUUCUAUACAUUUCUAUAAACUGUGAGAGACAACUGUUUGACUCCUACCUUGUUCUUGGUUGUGUAGCACUACUGAAGUCAGAGGGGCUUUGCCCCAAUGCUUUUAUCUAUCAAUCUGUAGGCUGUUUUAGCUUACCACAAAAUGGAAGUGAUUUGACUUCCAUGGCAAAGACAAAGAAUGCUUGUUUUCAUUUUUAAACUCAGUGCUGUUAGAUUUUAUAGCUGUAAGAAAUGUUACAUUUUUUUUUCCUCUCUUUUUAAUCUAUGAUUAUAUUAAUGAUUAAGGAACUACUGAUGCUUGUUAAACAAUCUAUGCUAUAUUCUGUAAGUAUCUCCUGAUUUCUUCUGAUUUGAUUAUUCUUAAAAACAUCGUGGGUUACAAAAAAAAACGUUCAGAUUAUGGUAAUGAAGUGUGCUGACUGUUUUUAUUUCUUUUCUUUUUCUGCUGCCUUCCAUUUAUGUGAAUGGUCAACUCAUUCUUCACCUCAUUGUUGCUGACUUUUUCCCCGUCUUCUAGAAAACCACCGAAGGUGUUUGCCUUUGAUCACUGCUUCUGGUCCAUGGAUGAAUCAAACACUACAAAAUAUGCAGGUCAGGAGGUGGUGUUCAAGUGCCUUGGAGAAGGAAUUCUUGAGAAGGCCUUUCAGGGAUAUAAUGCUUGUAUUUUUGCCUAUGGACAGACAGGUUCAGGAAAAUCCUUUUCAAUGAUGGGUAAUGCAGAGCAGCUGGGUCUGAUCCCACGGCUCUGUUGUGCUUUAUUUCAGAGAAUCUCUGUGGAAGAAAAUGAAUCUCAUACUUUUAAAGUUGAAGUGUCCUAUAUGGAAAUCUACAAUGAGAAAGUCAGAGAUCUACUUGACCCAAAAGGGAGUCGGCAGUCUCUUAAGGUUCGAGAGCACAAAGUGUUGGGACCAUACGUAGAUGGCUUGUCUCAGCUGGCUGUGACGAACUUUGAGGAUAUUGAGUCACUGAUGUCAGAGGGAAACAAAUCACGAACAGUUGCUGCAACCAACAUGAAUGAAGAAAGCAGCCGCUCUCAUGCUGUAUUCAACAUUAUAGUGACUCAGACACUUUAUGACCUACAGUCUGGUAAUUCUGGAGAGAAGGUCAGCAAAGUCAGCCUGGUGGAUUUAGCUGGUAGUGAGAGAGUGUCCAAAACAGGAGCUGCAGGAGAACGUCUGAAGGAAGGCAGCAACAUAAACAAAUCCCUUUCAACCCUUGGGUUGGUUAUAUCAUCGCUUGCUGAUCAAGCAGCAGGGAAAGGGAAGAAUAAGUUCGUGCCUUACAGAGACUCUGUGCUCACUUGGCUUCUCAAGGACAAUCUGGGAGGAAACAGCCAAACUGCGAUGAUAGCCACAAUUAGUCCAGCAGCAGACAAUUAUGAAGAAACACUAUCUACUCUAAGAUAUGCAGACAGAGCCAAAAGGAUAGUUAAUCAUGCUGUGGUGAAUGAAGAUCCAAAUGCUAGGGUCAUCAGAGAAUUACGUGAAGAAGUUGAAAAACUGAAAGAACAGCUCUCACAGGCUGAGGCCAUGAAGGCACCAGAACUGAAGGAAAAAUUGGAAGAGUCUGAAAAGCUAAUAAAAGAAUUAACAGUUACCUGGGAAGAAAAGCUGAGGAAAACAGAAGAAAUUGCACAGGAGAGACAAAGACAGCUAGAGAGCAUGGGAAUUUCCCUAGAGUCUUCAGGUAUCAAGGUUGGAGAUGACAAGUGCUACCUGGUGAACCUGAAUGCAGACCCUGCACUCAAUGAACUUUUGGUUUACUAUUUGAAGGAUCACACAAGAGUUGGUGCAGAUACUUCUCAGGACAUACAGCUCUUUGGUAUAGGAAUCCAACCUGAGCACUGUGAGAUUGAUAUUGCUUUGGAUGGAGAAGUCACACUCACACCAAAAGAAAAUGCCAGAUCCUGUGUAAAUGGUACACUGGUGUGUUCUGUCACUCAGUUAUGGCAUGGAGAUAGAAUAUUAUGGGGAAACAACCACUUUUUUAGAAUCAAUUUACCAAAGAGGAAACGACGAGAUUGGCUGAAAGACUUUGAGAAAGAAGCUUUGUUAGGAGAGCAUGAUCUGGAUGCAGCCAGUGAAGCUUCUUCAGAACCAGACUAUAACUAUGAGUUUGCUCAAAUGGAAGUUAUUAUGAAGACACUGAAUAGUAAUGACCCAGUACAAAAUGUGGUACAGAUCUUGGAGAAACAGUACCUGGAAGAGAAGCGGAGUGCUCUUGAAGAGCAGCGGCUGAUGUACGAACGUGAGUUAGAGCAGCUGCGGCAGCAGCUCUCUCCUGAAAGGCAGCAUCAGCAUGGCAGUGACAGACUCUCCUACACUGCUCAGACUGCACAGCAGAAAGUAAAUCUGUGGACAGAAGAGAGGGAUGAAUUGUUUCGACAGAGCCUGGCUAAACUUCGAGAGCAGAUAGUGAAAGCAAAUACGCUGGUGAGAGAAGCAAACUUCUUAGCAGAAGAAAUGAGUAAGCUGACAGAUUAUCAAGUAACACUUCAAAUCCCUGCUGAAAACCUCAGUGCCAACAAAAAGAGGGGUGCAAUAGUGAGUGAGCCUGCUAUUCAAGUGAGAAGAAAAGGAAAGACUACUCAAGUGUGGACUAUUGAGAAACUGGAGAACAAAUUGAUUGACAUGAGAGAUCUCUAUCAAGAGUGGAAGGAGAAAAUUCCUGAGAUAAGGAAGCUCAUUGGCAAAAGAGGUGAUCCUUUUUAUGAAGCACAAGAGAAUCAUAACUUAAUUGGUGUGGCAAACGUGUUUUUGGAGUGCCUUUUCUAUGAUGUUAAGCUGCAAUACGCUGUGCCUAUCAUCAGCCAGCAGGGGGAGGUUGCAGGACGAUUGCAUGUUGAAGUAAUGCGAGUCACUGGGUCUGUCCCAGAACGUGUGGUAGAAGGAGAUGACUCAUCUGAGAACUCCAGUGAGAGUGGGAGUCUGGAAGUCAUGGAUAACAAUGGAGAAAUUAUUCACAGAGCAAAAAAGCUCUCCUGCAGGGUAAAAAUAAAGGAAGCAACCGGACUGCCACCUAAUCUCUCCAACUUUGUCUUUUGUCAAUACACAUUUUGGGAUCAGUGCGAGUCAACAGUAGCAGCACCAAUUGUAGAUCCAGAUGUGCCUUCACCUCAGAGCAAAGAUGCUCAUUUUACAGUGACCUUCUCUCAUUGUAGGGACUACGUGGUGAAUGUCACAGAGGAGUUUUUGGAAUUCAUUUCAGAAGGAGCUCUUGCUAUUGAGGUGUGGGGUCACAGAUGUACAGGCAACGGCACCUCUGUUUGGGAAGUUGACUCUCUUCAUGCUAAAACAAGGACACUGAGAGACAGGUGGAAUGAAGUAACUCGAAGAAUAGAAAUGUGGAUUUCCAUACAAGAAUUGAAUGAGAUGGGAGAAUAUACUGCAGUUGAACUCCACCAGGCAAAGGAUGUAAACACAGGGGGGAUUUUCCAGCUUAGGCAGGGUCAUUCUCGCAGAGUUCAGGUGACAGUGAAACCUGUACAACAUUCAGGAACGUUGCCUCUCAUGGUAGAAGCAAUUCUUUCAGUCUCUAUAGGUGGUGUGACUGCCAGAUCAACCAAAUUGCAAAGGGGCUUGGACAGCUAUCAGAAGGAGGAGGAUGAUGGUGGUGAUAUGGAUAGUUACCAGGAAGAAGACUUAAACUGUGUACGAGAAAGAUGGUCUGAUGCAUUGAUAAAACGCAGAGAAUACUUAGAUGAGCAGAUUCAAAAGAUCAGCAAUAAACAAGAAAAAUCUGAGGAUGAUAUAGAACGAGAAGCUCGCCUGGUAGAACAGUGGGUAGGGCUGACAGAAGAAAGGAAUGCAGUGUUUGUUCCAGCACCAGGCAGUGGAAUCCCCGGUGCACCUGCAAAUUGGAUUCCACCUGCAGGAAUGGAAACGCAUAUACCCGUCCUCUUCCUUGAUUUGAAUGCUGAUGACCUCAGUGCCAAUGAACAACUUAUAGGUCCCCAUGCAUCAGGAGUUAACUCAAUACUACCAAAGGAGCAUGGGAGUCCAUUCUUUUAUCUGCCGAUCAUAAAACACAGUGAUGAUGAGGUUUCAGCCACUGCUGCCUGGGACUCUUCUGUCCAUGAUUCAGUGCAUCUAAAUAGAGUAACUCCUCAAAAUGAGAGGAUUUACCUAAUAGUGAAGACUACUGUGCAGCUCAGCCAUCCUGCUGCAAUGGAACUGGUCUUACGGAAAAGGAUUGCAGCCAAUAUUUAUAACAAGCAGAGUUUUACCCAGAGCCUGAAAAGAAGAAUAUCCUUGAAAAACAUAUAUUAUGCCUGUGGAGUGACCUAUGAAAUAGUAUCUAAUAUACCAAAGGCUACAGAAGAAAUUGAGGAUCGCGAGACCUUAGCUCUGAUGGCUGCAAGGAGUGAGAAUGAGGGUACAUCUGAUGGUGAAACUUAUAUUGAAAAAUACACUCGUGGAGUACUGCAAGUGGAGAACAUUUUGAGUCUUGAACGACUAAGACAGGCAGUUACAGUCAAAGAAGCACUCUCUACCAAAGCAAGAAACAUCCGCAGAAGCAUGAGCACACCAAAUGUCCACAAUGUAUCCUGUAGCCGACUAGAUCUUUCUGCCUGUGAUGAAGAUGAUAAGGGUUGGUCUGAAAGUCACCUAGAUAUGUCUGACUGUUCUUCCAGUUAUCAAGAUGUAUCAUGCUAUGGUACUUUACCCAGGGAGUCACCACGCAGGAGCAAAGAUGGCAGCGGUAUCAUGUCAGAGAAUUCUCAUGCUUUAAUGGCCAGCCCUUUUAAAGCAUUUUCUCCUCAACCACCCAAGUUUUUCAAACCCUUAAUGCCAGUGAAAGAGGAACAUAAAAGGAAGACUCCACUUGAAAGUCGACCUCUGCUUAGUCAGGAGAGUAUGCCUUCAUCUCAGGUGCAUUGUGCUGGCUGUGUUGUGCCUUCAGGAAGUAGUGCCAACAGCAUGCCUCUAGAAAGCAAUAGCAUACAUGAGGAAAAGAUUGAUUCUGAGGAGGAAGACAGUGAGUUGGAGGCCAUUCAUAAGAAACUGAUAAGUCCACAAAGUUUUAAAAAUUUCCGACCUUAUGUUCCAGAGGAAUUUGCUGACUUCAGUGUUUACAAUGCUAGCCUGGAAAACAGGGAGUGGUUUUCUUCUAAAUCAGACUUCAUGAGUUCACGUGUUCUUGAGAAAGAGGUAUCCCGCAGCCCCACCACUAGCAGUAUCACUAGUGGCUAUUUUUCCCACAGUGCCUCUAAUGCUACUCUGUCUGACAUGCUUAUUCCCUCUAGUGAUAGCACAGACCAGCUAGCCUGUCACACAAAGGAACUGGACUUUAAUGACCCUUCAGGAUCAUCUCUUGCACAUGAUGUAAGAUCUUUGAACAAGGAAUUUUGUGAGGCAGAAAAGGAGUUAGCAAGAGAAAAGUUACCUGUGCUACCACUAAAAGAAAACAGUGCCUUAACAGAACAAGUUCCACUGUCCCUCAAUGCCAUUGACAGAGGCUCUCAGCAGUUACCCAGAGCUGGAUCAUUUUCAGCUCUAAGCUCCUCAGAUGGCAGAAAUACCUGUCAUACAGUUGAAUUUUCUGCACGUGAAGCUACAGUUGAGCACACAAUGGAGAUUGUUGAAGAUCACUCAUUUACGGAGUUUAUGGGUGUCGAAGAUGGAAAAGACUUUGACCACUCAGCAUCUCCACAACCCUGUUCUGUCGUGUCCUCCAAUGGAGUGAGCACCUCGGAGUUAUCCCUAGGAACUGGCAAGGAGCAGGACACGUGUGGGGCCCAGCUGGGCUCUGCAACAGCAGGCAGUCAGCUUGCAAAUGCUGUGGGAAGGCCUUUGUUAGUAAAAGAGACUUCAGACUGUGAGACUUACCCUGAUAUUUCCAUAGAUGAUUUUACUGGGAAGGACCACUUGGAUGGAUCUGACUGUGAAGACGCCGCUUCUGCAGAUCAAGCCCAUGUCUUGCCUAGCUGGGUGGCAGUGGGUGAACAAGUCUGUGUUGGAAGCAAUAAGGUGGGCACAGUGAGAUAUGUUGGAACGGUGGAUUUUUCGGCUGGCAUCUGGGUUGGAGUUGAACUAAACGUUCAGUUAGGGAAACACGAUGGGACUGUCAAAGGCAGAGAGUACUUCCACUGCAAACCACGGCACGGGGUGUUUGUUCGCCCCGGGCGCCUCAGUAAAGCACCAGCAUCCACAAGGAAAUGCAGCAGCACUUGGCGGUCUCAGGCAUCUUCCACUUCAGAGAAACGGAGGAGUUCUGUACUUCAGGGCUCACCAUCCACUCCUAAAGCAGGAGAAGGCCUCUGUCAUUCAGGAGAUGCGGCGGCUUCUGCUUUUUCUAGGAAACAAGAAAACAGGAAAUCGUGGAUUAACUGAACUGCAGUAUUUUUUGCACUUACUACACAUAUCACUGUGUGGAAAACUUUAUGGAUUGUGGAAGCUAUUGUACAUUUAAAUCUGUCCAUACAGAACGCUUAUUCUCUAGGGUCCUUGACUUCUUUAAUUUUUUUAUAAAUAAUAUAUAUUAUAUAUAUAUGAAUGUGUAUCUAUAGUUUGUCUGCCAGUGGGCAGAUACGGCUGCACACUAAAAUACAGUUAAAGCUGAUGUGUAGAUAAUUGAGGUACUGGACUAUUUGUUAUGCAUCAACAUGGGAGAUAUAUUUUAAACAACUAGAAAUAUUUUAUUGUGGACAAACAGGCUGUAAAUCCGUGUUUGGAAGAAGACUACGGUUUGCUGUUUUUCAUUACCAAAGAACUCGUUUUAGACUGACACAUUUGCUGUUUUUAUCUUUCUAUUGUAAAUGUUUUAACUGAUAACGUGGUGCCAUUUUCCUUUCGGUCACGGGGCACCAAGCAGCCUUAUGUUCUGUGUUUAAGCACACUGAAAUAUCCGAAUGCUUCAUACUUCUUGUCUUCCUAGAGGCCUGCCACUGUGCUGAUGAACUGGCAUUGUACUGAGAUGACUGACAAUGCCCGAAGCUGUUAGUCUGGUAUUUUGUGUGUUACCAUAAACCAGCCGGGCAGUUUGACUGCAGAAACAGUAUUACUGCAAGGGUGUGAUAGGACAAUGCUUUGGGAUUUGUCUGGGGGGUUUUUGGGGUGCGGGGGGAAGCAGGGAAACAAGACACAGUAGAUGGAUUGUGACUGCAGACUUUGCACUUGUUACUUGCUGGUUAUUAUCGAGAUGAAAUAGAACCUGCGAAAGUAAUUUUAAUCUGUAAAGUUUAUGUUAAUAAUGGGAAUGAUGGAGGGAUUUGUGUCUGGUGCUCAUGAAUUCCUACGAAGGUUGUUCCACGUGUAGAUACUGUAGAUGCCUGUACAAGUGUUCUGGAUGUUUGUAAAGUAUCAUGGUAAAAAAUGAGUGACGUGAGUGGCCUGCUGUACCUGUUCUUUGUUCUGAGCAAGUGAGUGACUGAGAUACCUGGGACCUUACUGACAAGCUGCUGUUCUUUCUCUGAUUGUUGUGUACAGUAAGCGGACUCUAGUGUGUUACUAUUUACUGUAAAGAACUGUAAUUUAUAUACUGCCAAUACUGUAUUUAAUUGGUACAGACCUAUUGUGUGUUAGAAUACAGACUGUUUACUUGGGAUUUUAAAGACAUCGUUUUGCUUAUAUUCAAUACAUUUAGGUUCCAUGGUCACAUAAUAAGCUUAAUGCCAUUACUCGCUGAUGGUGCUCAGAUGCAAAAUACUUUGUAAGAAUGCUGAAGGACUGCAAUGGGAGUGGAGCACCUGAUGAUGUUAACCUGUAUGAACACCAGCUGGUUCCUGUGGCACAAGAUGAGUGCAGACCGUGUGGGUACACCUUCCUCCUCUGCUGCCUUCCCCUCCCUUCCCUUCUCAGGGGAGCAGAGCUGGGUGACUCCUGCUGGGGAACGGCACAGGCACUGAGAGCUUGUGGACGGGGGAGAAGGCAGAUGCACUGCUAAAGAUGUACAUCCCUCAUCCAGGCAGCUGGGAGGUGCUGUGCCAAGGGGGCAGGCGCAGAGCGUUGUGCUGGCCCUUGACAGGGCUUUUGCCAGCACUGAAACAGGAUACCGACGUGUUUGUGUUACCUGAUUCUGGUGGAAUGAAGGGCUUUGCAGAAGACCUCUUUUUCAUGCUUUUGGAGUCCACUCGGAGUUGCUUUCGGCGCAUUAACGAUGAUUGUUGCUGGG